AUGGUUAUCAUGGGGGCUUGCAUGAGUUCAAAUAGUGAGGAGGUGGAGCAGAAGAAGAGGAGUCAGAAGAUCGACAAAGACCUCGAGGAAGAUUCGAAGCGGUUACGGCGAGAAUGCAAGAUUCUACUGCUAGGCUCGGGGGAAUCAGGAAAGUCGACAAUCGUCAAACAAAUGAAGAUUAUCCAUUUGAAGGGCUACUCGGAGGAUGAACUCUUCAGCUACCGGCCAACCGUGUUCAAGAACCUCCUCGAAUGCGCCAAGGCCGUGAUCAACGCUAUGCGCCAGUUUGAGAUUGAGCUAGAGAGCGAUGAGAUCCGUGCGUACUGCGACUUUUUGCUCGAUUAUUCAAUCGGAUCUGGUCCACAGCCAAGCAUCGACCCCAAAGUUGGCGAGGCUGUCCUGGCUCUUUGGGAGGACCCUGUCCGGGGCCAGCUCAUGGAGCGGCAGACGGAGUUCUACCUCAUGGACUCGGCAGGAUAUUUUUUCGACGAGGUGAGGCGGAUUGUUCACCCAGACUAUAUCCCGAACGAGAUGGACGUUCUGCGCGCCAGAACAAAAACAACCGGUAUCUACGAAACACGCUUCCAGAUGGGCCCACUGAGCAUCCACAUGUUCGAUGUUGGUGGCCAGAGAAGCGAACGGAAGAAGUGGAUUCACUGCUUUGAGGAUGUCACAUCUAUUAUCUUUUGCGUGGCUCUGAGUGAGUACGAUCAAGUUCUGCUCGAGGAAAGCAGUCAGAACCGAAUGAUGGAGAGUUUGCUGCUAUUCGACUCUGUUGUCAACUCGAGAUGGUUCAUGCGGACGAGCAUCAUCCUGUUCCUGAACAAGGUUGAUAUCUUCAAGCAGAAGCUCGGCCGGUCACCUCUGGGCAACUACUUCCCUGACUACUCUGGCGGUGACGAUGCCAAUAAGGCAGCAAAGUACCUGCUCUGGCGGUUCAAUCAGGUGAAUCGGGCACACCUCAACUUAUAUCCUCAUUUGACCCAAGCUACCGAUACGUCCAACAUUCGCCUAGUUUUUGCGGCGGUGAAGGAGACGAUACUCAACAACGCUCUCAAAGAUUCCGGUAUCCUAUAA